UAUUUAAUAUAUGAAUAUUUCGUUAACAGGGUUUAAGUUUGGUCAAUAAUUUUGGAAUACACUUUGUUGUUAUUAAACACCAUCAGUUCGGUGCGUUCGGGAAAAGAUAAGCAAAAAUAUACGAUUAGUGGCACCACUGCAAUAUCCUAGCACAGUACACGAUCACGUCCCAUUCGUGUCUCGUGACGAGGGCAAUUGCACGUCGUACUCGACAUUUAGAAAACCUUUGUUAUUACCGACGAUAACAUUAAUUAAGUUGAAAGUUGUUCUUCAGAAACCAGAGUUAGUGAAGUGAAAUCAGUCAGGUGAGCAUACAGGGACGGAGAAAACUUCUGAUAAGGAUUGAAGUAGUGGCAACAUGCCAGCCUACAUUUACUCCGGCCUCCACCCCAGAGAUGGUACCAUUCCUAUGCACACCUUUUUCUCAGUUGAUGGUGUUAAGCCUGUGGUAGCCAUGAAUGCCAGUAUUAUCAUUGAUGGCCAAAGCCUUCAACAGACUCAAUUGGAAGAGAUGUUAUCUAUGAUGAAUGCAUUUCAAUACUUCUCCAUCACUAACAUAUACAAAACCAGACAGGAUUAUGAUUAUGCACUUUUAGUGGAAAAUUUGGAUAACAAGUCCAUUCCUGCAAAGUUGUCAUGUGGUAUAUCUGUGCCAGCAUCAUACAGUGGUGUCAUUAUUGACUAUGAUCCUCAGAAAAAAACAUAUACAGUGGGUUGUGGCCCAUACAUCUUCAACAAUGUUGUUUCAGAAUUCAGCUGCACAGAUCCCUCAUCUGAGUUCCCAAGUGUUCAGGUUGAGGUGCAUAACAAAUCCAAUAGCAAUAUUUGUGAUCACAGGGUUGACAUUACUUGCAUGAUGGAUUGUAUACUUAAAGACUUGCCAUCAUAUACUUCUUGUUCUACCUUGCAUGAUGAACAAUACUCUCAAGGAGCAGUGAUGCCUCUAGAACAUAUUGAAACAUCUGCUCUAGAAAUCCCUGAAAAGUCACCAAACCAUCUGAAGACAAAAUAUCCAAACAGUUUCAAAUCCUCAUCAAGCUCAGCCUGUUCAUUAAAAUAUAUGUAUCAUGAACAGACUGAAACAUCUCCUACAGAAAUAGCAGAAUGUAUACCAAACAAUCACACAACAGACUAUUUUGCCAACUGCAAAUCUUCCACAAGCUCAGCCUGUUCAAUGAGAAAUGAAUCUCUCUUUACAGAUGGAGAAGCCAAUAGCACUUCAUGCACCCUUAUGUCACUUGAAGAGUUUGAGGCUUACAAGCCAACAAUCUCCAAACAGGAGAAGAGAAAUGUAACUGAACUAGAAAAAUUGACAGUAACAAUUGGAAAAAAAACUAAAAUUUUUAAAGAUUAGGGAGGAGUGUGAAUUAUCAAUGAUGAAAUUUAUUUGAUUAAAAGUCUCUUUUACAUGUUGAAAUUACAGAAGAAAAAGAAAAUGUGUAAAGAAAUGAAAGGAAGAAUGUUAGGAGCAGUGUCAUUUGAGUUUCAUAUAAAAGUGAUGUAAUUCAUAAAAAAAAUGCAAAUGGGAGUGAGAGAGGUUAAGUAACACUGAUUAAGUGAAACUUUCUUGAUUAAGUAAAAUACCAAAUAGUGUAAUAUUAAAGACUCAUGAAUGAAAAGAUGAAUUGAUGAAAAUAUAAUAGAAAUAAGGUGGGUAAUUAAUACAAUGUUCAGAAAAUCUAAAUAAGACAUGGAGGAAAUAGAAGGGCUUAAUUAAGGAAAAAUAAUUAAGAAAAUACUUGGAUGGGAGAAAAAAGUAUUUAAUAGACAUCUACAUGAAGAAAGAAUAAAUCGCAAUGUAGUAUGUGGAAAGUUACUAAAGGGAAUAAAAUUUUAGUUAUUGUAAAACAAAUAUUGUAGAAGUGAAUGCUAUACAGUGAGUUACUUAUAAGUGGUGAAAAAGAGAAAGAGAUAAUUAAUAUCCAAAUAUGUACCUACAAUAUCAGAUUUAUUGUAUGACAUGCAUGCUGUGUUUAUUUUAAUGAUAACCCCCCCUCUUUGAAUUUCUUUGUCUUUCAGUAUAAUGGUGACUAAAACAAUGAGUAAGCAUUAUAUGAAUUGCAUAAUUAGAUAUAUUUAAAAGGGCACAUUUAGAACGAUUGAAAACCCAGUUAUAUGUAUGUAUUACAUACAAAAAUAUACCAUACCUGGAUAAUGGUCAUAUUAUAAUUUUUAUGAUAGAAAUGUAAGAAUUUUUUUACCAGUGUUGCAUUUGAUAUAAAUGAUUCACCCAUUUAUUAUACUAAGUGAUUAACACAUUGUAUACUUUGUUAAAUUCUAAUGAAAACUAUAUAUUUUUUUUACCUGUUGUUUGAUAUUGUAUAAUAAAAGCACUUCACAGCUAGUUAGAUUUAUUAAAUUAAAUUCUAAUUAGGUUAAAAGACUGCUAUCAUCCAUUGAAAUGGUUCACAAAAUCAGUCUUACAAACUUCAUGGCUACCAUAUUUUUUGCUUGUUACCAUAUCAUUGCUUGUGUGUUGCAAGGUGUGAUUAAAAGGGAUUAAGGGAUCUGCAUAUCUUCUCUGUAUCUUAUUGCUUUUCACCUUUGUUACAAGUAAAAAGAGAACAGGUUCCAUGUGUGAUUUAGGGAUGUACCUUGUCUACAAAUUUCAUCAAUUUGAAGUAACUAGAAACAGAUCUGAAAAGAAGAGGGUUUCAAAAUAUGGUAGCUUGUGCUUCUUUUUUUUUUUCAGAUUGAAAAAGGGAAUGGACUGAUAACAAGGAAAAGGGAAGAGAUGUAAAUAAUGGAAAAACAAGUUAAUAAAUUAUAAAGAUUUUGUAUUGAAAAUUAA